AUGUUGCAGUAUCUGGUGUUGGACCAGGAAAACCCUGAAAUUGGCCCCACUAUCCCAGCCGGAACGUGUGAAUCGCCGGCCGCGAAAAGUCACGGAGCAGCAAGGCGAAACGAAGGGAGAAGGAUACCAGCAGCAGCAGGAUACACGGGCAGGGAUUCGGGAGCAGGCGACGUGUCUCUGAAAUAUAUUACCAAGGCUAAAACUGAGGCGAAACAAGAAGAAAUCGCCGGAGCAAAACGGGCUGCCAGCAAGAUGGGAUUACAAAAUGGAAGAUAUCCAGACGGGAUUGACAAAGAUAUUGAAAAAAAGUUAAAAAUAUUUACUUUUUGCGCCAAAUUUGAUCCCAAUGCCACCUACUAUGAGGAGUUCCUAGUGACUCUGUCGUGUGCAGCACGCAAUGCCAGCAAGUAUGUCGUUAUCAAUCUCACGGAAAAAGAGAGGUGCAAGGAUGUGCCGGAGGACACCAGGCCCUGUGCUCCCGAUGGCCUCAAUACCUACAACACCAAUGUGGUCUUCGAUCGUCAAGGUGUCGUAGUGUCCCGCUACCGGAAGGUGCACGUUUUAGGUGAAAACAAAAACAGCACCUACCUUCCGGAAUUGAUCACCUUUGAGACGGACUUUGGGGUCACCUUUGGCCAGUUUAUCUGCUUUGAUAUCCUUUUCUACACGCCAGCCCGCCAGCUUGUCGUAGAGCAGGGUGUCACGGACUUUGUUCUCCCGGCCAUGUGGUACUCACAGCUGCCUUUUCUCACAGCUGUACAAGUCCAAGAAGGUUGGGCCUACUCCAACGAUGUAAACCUACUGGCAGCUGGAGCCAGCAAUCCUUUGAUUGGCAACAGUGGAUCCGGCAUCUACCAUGGACGCAGCGGUGCCCUGACCAGAGUGAUGAGGCAGGACUUGGGAGAACGAACCAUCUAUGUGGCGCAGGUGCCAAAGUACCCACGAAGCAGGUCCGUUCAAAAGCGAGCGAAAAGGGAGACUGCACUGCAAGCGAGGACGCCUCGUCAGGUUGCCAACAGCUCAAGUUACUUGAUGAAACGCGACGACGUGGAAAACUAUGAGACUGAGCUGCUGCAAUUUGACGAGAGAGCCAGCGGCAAUGUUAGCAGGACUCUGUGCCAGGGCAGUUUCUGCUGUCAUUUCGACAUCGCCUGGAGAUCAUCCUUGGUGGCAGAGAACGGCAGCUACUACAGCUACCGACUGGGCACCUACGACGGCUGGCGCACCAACGACACUAUGGACGCCAACUACAUCCGCAACUGUGGGCUGUUUGCCUGCUCUGGACCCACCAUCGGGGACUGUGGACAGUUGCUGGGUUCAGAGGGAGCGGAGCAGCAGACUAGCGUGACCUUUACACGGCUGGCGAUCGGUGUUAUCUACCCGGAAUCGCUGGAGUUUUUGCUUAGUCCCAACUCCCUGCUCAGCAAUCUGCUCCCUCUGGAGCCCAGCCAGUUCGAGUGGUCGCAGCAGAAGCCCUCUGAGAAUAGUUAUCAGCACGAGGUACGCUUUAUCAUGCGAGAACCACUGGAGUUGAGUAAUCUGCUGACCUUUGCUGUUUACGGGAACUACUACGACAACGAGUGCACCUUUGGGGUGGGCAGUGAGGAGGAACAACAGGCCUGCGGUUACAGGAGUAGCUCAAGUCGUAUAGAGACUCUUGGAGGAUUUCAAGCAAUUUCACUGGCUAUCCUGAUACUCGUUUGGUUAAGGAUUUAA